AAACAAACUCACAAAACAACGGUCUCCGACUCUUACACUGUUCCUCUGUGCUCACAGCCAUGGCUGUUGGUAGAACCACAGUCAGGGUGUCGAACAUCCCCCUUACAGCCAUGGCUAAAGAUCUCUUCGACUUUUUCGAGGCUAUUCUCGGCAAAGGCUCUGUAUUCGCAUGUGAGAUUGCGACGGAACGGAAGAACUGGAAGUCGAGAGGUGUGGGUAGAGUCCAAUUCGAGAAUAUUGAUGCGACAAACACUAUUAGUCUCCUAUCCUCGCAACAAAAACUUGUUUUCAAAGGUACCCACUUGGAGAUAUCACCAUCUCUUGAAGAGAUCAUUGUUCGCCCGGUAGAAUCCCGGAAUCGCAUUAAGAAUGGGGUUUUACAUGCGGGUUACUUGGUUGGCGAGCAUCAUAUGAAUGUUCUUGAGUCUUGGAAAGGCGUCAAAGCGGAGAUUAUGCCAGAAAGGGGGAAGAUUGAGUUUUGGGUGGUUGAGGGCAAGGAAUGUUACAGGUUAGAGGUUCAGUUUGGGGAUGUUCUUGCUUCCUCUGGUUAUCGUUUGGGAGGAAAAGAACCAAAUGCACUUCUCGUGGAGCUCAAAUAUGCUCCAAAGAUCUACCAGAAAAUCUAUGGACCUACUUUGGCCUCAAAGUUUAGCAAUGACCGGUACCAUAUAUGCAAGGAAAAUUUUGAGUUUGCUUGGGUUCGGACUACAGAUUUUUCAGUUUUGAAGUCCAUUGGGCAAUCAUCAUCACUCUGUUGGGACCUCAAGGAAGGGUUAUUAACUUCAGAUAUUAUUGCCAGUUUCCCAUGUUAUAGAGAAGAGAUGGGGGAUCUCAUUUUGGAGCAAGAGGAUCAGCUGGAUUGCAAAUCUGAGCUUGUUCCACUCAUAAAUAGCCAAGUGGAUUCAAAGUUAGCAUAUGAAAUCCUUUUCCAGCUCAAUUCCCUCAUUCAUACUAAAAAAAUUAGUCUCAAAUCGGUGGAUGCUGAACUAAUUGAUCUUCUAAGUGAAUUAACUAUAGAGACAGCUGAUAUGAUUCUUCAGGAGUUGCAUAAGAAGUCGUCUACAUGUUUUGAGCCCAUGUCAUUUAUUCAGAGCCAGGUAAGUAGCACAAGGAGAAAGCAGAAAAGUAUAUCAUCAUCCCAGAGCAGGCGAAGAAAGGAUCAUAUAAUGAAUUGUUAUAGAGUCCUCAUUACCCCUUCAAAAAUUUACUGCUUGGGGCCUGAGCUUGAAAAUUCCAAUUAUGUUGUUAGGCACUAUGCUGCAUAUGCUUCUGACUUUCUAAGAGUUUCUUUUGUCGAGGAAGAUUGGACAAAGCUACCUUCUGAUGCCAUUUCAACAAUUAUUGAGCAAGGUAUUUUUUCAAAGCCCUAUAGAACUAGAAUAUUUCAUCGGGUACUUUCAAUACUUCGAGAUGGGAUUAAGAUUGGGUCUAAGAGAUUUGAGUUUCUAGCCUUCUCUGCAAGCCAGCUCCGGUCAAAUUCAAUUUGGAUGUUUGCUUCCAAUGAUUCUCUUAGAGCAGAAGACAUUAGGCAAUGGAUGGGUAAAUUUAACAAGAUCCGCAGUGUGUCAAAAUGUGCUGCUAGAAUGGGUCAGUUAUUCAGUUCUUCUAGAGAAACAUUGAAUGUUUCACCACAAGAUGUUGAGAUUAUUCCUGAUAUUGAAGUUACAACCGAUGGUAUCCAGUACUGCUUCUCAGAUGGAAUUGGAAAAGUUUCUCCCUCUUUUGCCAGACUAAUUGCUCUGGAGUGUGGACUAAGGCAUACUCCUUCAGCUUUCCAAAUUAGAUAUGGUGGCUAUAAAGGUGUUAUAGCUGUUGAUCGUAAUUCUUUCCGGAAGCUUUCUUUGAGGGGGAGUAUGUUAAAGUUUCAUUCAAAGGAUAGAAUGCUUAAUGUCACCAGUUGGAGUGAGUCUAUGCCAUGCUAUUUGAACCGGGAGAUCAUUUCCCUGUUGUCUACAUUGGGAAUAGAGGAUGAAAAGUUUGAGCAAAUGCAACGUGAACAGAUCCGCCUUCUGGAUGAAAUGUUAACAAAUAGGGAGGCUGCUUUGGUUGUUUUGGAUUGCACGGGUAAAGAUUGUAAGACCAUUCUUACAAAUAUGUUGCUAAAUGGUUAUGAACCAAGUGUGGAGCCUUUCCUCUCAAUGAUGCUGAGAGCUCAUCGUGAAUACCAGUUGUCUGAUUUAAGAAACAAGUGCCGGAUAUUCGUCCCAAAGGGUCGGGUCCUAAUGGGAUGUUUGGAUGAGACUGGCACAUUAGACUAUGGGCAAGUUUAUGUCCGAGUUACCAUGACAGGUGCAGAGAGGCAGUCUGAUGAUCAUAAUUUCUUCCAGAAAGUGGACCAGACAACAUCUAUAGUAGUAGGGAGGGUAGUAGUUACAAAAAACCCUUGCCUCCACCCUGGUGAUAUCAGAGUACUACAGGCUGUCCAUGAAGAGGCAUUAGAAGGGAAAGGUUUGGUUGAUUGUCUUGUCUUCCCUCAGAAAGGAGAAAGGCCUCAUCCAAAUGAAUGCUCUGGUGGUGAUCUUGAUGGUGACCUAUUUUUUGUAUGCUGGGAUGAAAAUCUCAUCCCAUCGAAAACUGAUACACCGAUGGACUACAUUGCACGGAGGCCACGUCUCAUGGAUCAUGAGGUGACCUUGGAGGAAAUUCAGAGAUUCUUUGUUGAUUACAUGAUCAAUGACACUCUUGGUGUCAUCUCAACUGCACAUCUAAUUCAUGCGGACCGUGAUCCAGCUAAAGCCCAAAGUCCUAAAUGCCUUCAGUUGGCAACCCUUCACUCUAUGGCCGUGGACUUUGCAAAGACAGGAGCACCUGCAGAGAUGCCAAGAGUACUGAAACCAAAGGAGUACCCUGACUUCCUGGAGAGGGGAGACAGGCCCAUGUACAUUUCCCAUGGCAUAUUAGGGAAGCUCUACCGUGCCACCCUCGAUUCAACAGACAAUCAUGAUCUCGAUUUUUUCUGGUCAGAAAAGGUUGCUCAAUCUGUUUACGACCAUGAUCUUGAAGUUGAAGGAUUUGAAGAUUUUCUAGAAAUUGCUAGAGGUCAUAAAAAGCUAUAUGCAGACAAGUUAAGAGCUCUAAUGAAUUAUUAUGGGGUGGAAAGUGAAGAUGAGAUACUGACGGGUAAUUUGCGGAUCCGUUCAGUGUUUUUGCAGCGGGACAAAAGGAGAUAUGGGGAAAUGAAGGACCGAAUUUUGAUCUCAGUUGGAAGCCUACAUAAAGAGGCCAAAGGAUGGUUCCAUGAUAGCUGCAAGGAGCAUGAACUUAAGAAGAUGGCAUCCGCAUGGUACCAUGUGAGUUACCACCCGGAUUAUUGUCAGGAUGGCAGCAACUUCCUGAGCUUUCCCUGGAUCUUAGAUGACAUUCUGCUGAACAUAAAAUCAGAGAAAAAAUUGAAAUCUAACGAGGUUACCUAGUGGACGUUGCUGAAUUUCAUAGCCACACUUGAAGUUUGCCAAGACCUCAACUACUUGAAGCUGUGGUGAAGCAGAAAGUGCAUAGAG